UUGGGGCUGGCAAGGCGUUUGGUUUAACAACCUAACAACCACCUCCUCCCUUCACAAGUCCUCCUCAUUACUCAUUUUCUUUUCGUAAAAUUUUUCUCUUUUUUCCCGCAUAAUAUUUGGGUAUAAAACGUAUAAAUUAUCCUCUGUUGGCUUUUUUCCGCUUUUUCUAAGCCUUCCCUUUUGCUUUUGCUCUUUCUCUUUCCAUUUCUCAUUUACUGUUUCUCUCUCAUACCUUUCGUCGGAAAACCUCCUCUCUCCGUCGGGAAACAGCUCUUUUCCCCGGCGAAGGAAGUCUCUGAUUCGCCGGAAUCUACUGAUCUCUCUACUAUUGCUAAUUUCUUAUGAUAUUUUAAGCAUUUGUUCCCGUGGCUCGGAUUUGGAUCUCCGAGUCUGUAUCCGUCCGCGCGUCGUGAGAAUGUGGCGAGUUUGGUUGAUGCUUAAUGCUUUAGUUUGAUAGCAAAUGGUGAAGAUCGUGGUCUAGGUUUGGUAUUUGCGGAUUUUGCGCCUUCUUUUUCCUUGUUCUUUGAGUUGUUUCGGUUGGUGAAUUGCGACCAAACGGCGGCGUACAAAGAAUCAUUGCAGAAUGAGAUGAGUUACAAGUAAAAGUACGGACUCUAUUUCCGAUGUUUCUAUCGAGGGCUUCUGCGAGGAGAUGAUUAUGAUAGAUGCUGCAUUGUUCUAUUAAUCAAAUAAUUUACACGUCUCUUUGUUGAAUCUUUAAGGUGGAAGGAAGGGUGUCUUUGUCCAAAGAGGUAAAUGGGCUAGAGUUGUUGAAGCGCAAAAGGCUUCAACGAGUAAAAUCAGAAACUGUCUCUAGGACUUAUUGUGUCACAAACAUGAUGGCUAGAAGUGGAGGAGAUGCUUUGAGAGUUUCAGCAUCACGUGGAAUGAGGUUACAAGGGAGUGCAGAGUCAUUUUCUAGGUCAAAUGGUGCAUCAAGUGAGGGCACCUUUGCGAAGCACAAGGUUGAUAAGUUUGACAUUAACGAUCUAGAAUGGACUGAGAAAAUUCCAGAAUGUCCGGUAUAUUUCCCUACAAAGGAAGAGUUUGAAGAUCCUUUGGUUUAUUUGCAGAAAAUUGCUCCUGAAGCUUCAAGAUAUGGAAUAUGCAAGAUUGUUUCACCUUUAAGUGCUGCUGUUCCUGCUGGAGUUGUAUUGAUGAAGGAGAAACUAGGGUUCAAGUUUACAACUAGGGUACAGCCUCUUCGUCUUUCGGAGUGGAAUAAUGAUGAUAGAGUCACCUUUUUCAUGAGUGGAAGAAAUUAUACAUUUCGUGAGUUUGAGAAAAUGGCGAACAAGGUGUUUACUCGUAGAUAUUAUAGUGCUGGUUGUCUUCCUGCAACAUACUUGGAAAAAGAAUUUUGGCAUGAAAUUGCUUGUGGGAAGACAGAAAGUGUUGAAUAUGCUUGUGAUGUUGAGGGUAGUGCCUUUUCUUCUUCUCCCAAUGAUCCACUUGGCACUAGCAAAUGGAAUUUGAAGAAUCUGUCACGGCUGCCAAAGUCCACUUUGCGUCUUCUUGAAACGGCAAUUCCGGGGGUAUCUGAUCCCAUGCUUUACAUAGGAAUGCUAUUUAGCAUGUUUGCUUGGCAUGUGGAAGAUCAUUAUUUGUAUAGCAUUAAUUAUCAUCACUGUGGGGCUUCAAAAACUUGGUAUGGGAUACCCAGUCAUGCUGCUUCAAAUUUUGAGAAGGUUGUCAAGGAACAUGUGUACACUAAUGAUAUCCUAUCUGUGGAUGGUGAAGAUGGAGCUUUUGAUGUGCUUUUGGGUAAAACAACUCUAUUCCCCCCAAAUAUUUUGUUGGAACAUGAGGUCCCUGUCUACAAGGCUGUGCAGCAGCCUGGAGAGUUUGUAAUUACCUUUCCAAGUGCAUAUCAUGCUGGAUUUAGUCAUGGUUUCAACUGUGGUGAGGCUGUGAACUUUGCUAUUGGUGAUUGGUUUCCUUUGGGGGCUGUAGCUAGCUUGCGAUAUGCCCAUCUCAACAGGGUGCCUCUCCUUCCUCAUGAAGAACUUUUGUGCAAGGAAGCAAUGCUUCUUUACACAAGUUUAGAACUGGAUGAUUUGGACUAUUUGCCUGCAGACUUGGCCUCUCAUUAUUGCAUUAAGGUUUCAUUUGUAAAGCUGAUUCGUUUCCUGCAUCGGGCGCGUUGGUCUGUCAUGAAGUCGAGGGCAUGCACCAGUGUAUCUCCAUAUUAUUAUAGAACUAUAGUGUGCACUUUAUGUAAACGUGACUGUUAUGUUGCUUUUGUUAACUGCAGCUGUUACUCUCAUCCUGUUUGCCUUAGACAUGAUAUUAAGUCACUUGACUUCCCCUGUGGGAGCUAUCGUGGUCUUUUCUUGAGGGAUGAUGUUGCAGAGAUGGAAGCUGCUGCCAAGAAGUUUGAGCAAGAAGAUACCAUAUCAAAAGAGAUUGAGCGACAAACUGAAAAUGGUGAUGAUUUGUAUUCAUAUCCACUGUCAAAUAAUUCACAGUCCGAUCUUGAGGAUGGAUUCUUUCCAUACUGUGAGAUUAAUGUUGUGUUGAGUGUAACAACUUCAACUGUGGGUCAACCACUAGAACAUAAACAGCCUUCAAUUAGCCUUGAUAUUCCAAGUUGUAGACCUGAAGCGGCGGAUGCUCUCUCUUUUGCUGCAUCAACUCUCUGUUCUUUGGCGGAGCAGGUUGGGUCCUCAACCAAAAAUCAGGUACAGGGGCUAGGUAAUCUAGGAAACACUACUGAUAAACGGUUCUCUGAAGAGGUCUCGCGAACUACAUACAAAUUGUCUGUAUCCUGUUUUUCACAUGAUGAUUGUCCUGGUAUUAAUCAAUACAGCGGUAAUACAUGUGUUCAUGAACCAGUGAGUAGGUCUGUAGUGGACCGAGACAGUGAUAAUUCCGAUUCAGAGGUAUUUAGGGUUAAACGACGUUCGAAGGUUGAGAAAAGAAGUGGGAAUGACAGCAUGUCAUCAAAGAAGUCUGACCAUCAGGGGCUUAAACGACUAAAGAAACACCAACAUGAAGGAAAAUGUGGGAAAUCAUUGCCAUCUGAAGGCUGCAGAAUUGAUGAACCAACUCAUAAUAUUGAUCCAGAAAAUGGAAUGAAGGGCAGACUUCCCAUCUCCAUCAAGUAUAAGAAGUCGGGCAAUGAGGAAGCAAUGAGCAGGCAGCGAGAGCAGCACAGAGAUGAGAGGUGGUUCCAGCAGGAGUUUGGAAAGAGCGUUGGGCCAAAGCGCCUUAAAGUCAGGGGCCCAACAUGUGUAGGUUGGGAAAAAAAAUUGAACUGAAGUUAUAGAUUCACAGAAACCGAGGAGAAAUCUGACUUAGCUAAUGGAGAUCUAACAACACUCGAAACUCCAAAUGAUUGUUUAGGGAGAUGCAGCGAAGAUUAACCAAAGCUUAGGACCAUUUUUAUUAUUCUUUCUUUGUGCAGGCCUCCAAAACUGGAGGCAAUUUGCUGUUGCAAUGAUUCUCUGUAAGGCCCGAGUAUUUUCCGUCCUUGACAGGAGAAUUUGGGUUAGCAAGUAACUUUUGUAAAUUUUGUUUCUAAGUCCAAAUUAAUUCUUACUGAGGAGGAAUGUAGGCAUAUUUCCACUGCCCCUCAAAAUUUAAGUCUGUUAGGUUGGUUAUUCUUUUUGUAGUCCAUGAAUAAAAUGCAGAGAAAUGCCUUUUUUUUU